AUGCUAAACAGCCUGGGGUUUAUAAUAUUGUACGCAUUGCCGCUCAUCUCUUCAGCCAAGGUAUCAAGAGUUCCAAGGCGCUCUCUCCCAUCAUACAAUUAUCAUGGAGCGGAGUCAAUUAUCAAUGCGCGUCAGCUCCCAACUAUCGCAGUAAAUACAGGCGCUCUUGCAGGACAGGGUCCAAACGGAUCUGUUCCCUUACGACCAGAGGUCCAAGAACUGAUGAAAAACCCUGAAAUGUGGACAUUGUAUAUAUUAGGGCUUGACAGAAUGCAAAAUUUGGAUCAAGAUGAACUUAUGUCUUGGUACAAUAUUGGAGGAAUACACGGGCGCCCUCAUACUCCCUAUGAUGGAGUACAGCCCAAACCUGGGAACGAAAAUAAUGGAUACUGCACACAUGUAUCACAGUUAUUCCCUACCUGGCAUCGAGCAUACCUCUCCUUAUACGAGCAAUCUCUUUACGGCAUGAUUCAGAAUAUUGCAAACGCAUAUCCAGAAGGGCCAACUCGAGAAAGAUAUGUAAAAGCUGCUUCUAACUUUCGCAUACCUUAUUGGGACUGGGCUUCCGCCCAAUCGACUGGGAAUCAAACACAACCCCAAGAUUUCGGAACGUUUCCGAAUGUAAAAAUUGAUGGCCCAGCAGGCACUCAAAUGAUUGCAAAUCCUCUGUACAGCUAUAAAUUUCAUCCGCUAGACACGUCAGAAUUUCAAGGUGACCCUUUUGAUAAGUAUCCCGCCACAAUACGCUAUCCAACUGGAGAAACUGCUUCUGCAAGCUCCCAGAACAACAUCUUUGAACAAAGGUUCGAUAGCAGCAAAGACAAUAUUAGAAGUAGACUUUACGCGCUUUUGACAAACUACCAUGAUUACUUGGGAUUCAGCAAUGAUGGAUACCGAAAAGAUGCGCCUCCCAACGAACAAGAUUCUCUUGAAGCUAUACACAACCUAGUACAUACCCUUGUUGGCGGCCACAACGGACACAUGUCAUACCUUGACUACGCUGGGUUUGAUCCAUUUUUUUACCUCCAUCACGCAAUGAUAGAUCGCUCCUUUGCAUUAUGGCAAGCUCUCAAUACAGAUUCUUACGUAAUGUCCGUACCCGCUGUGGCCAACACAUAUACUAUAUCCGUUGGCGACAUGACUGAUAGCAACACACCAUUGACACCGUUUUUCAAAGACACAUCUGGUAAAUUCUGGACAUCUUCCGACGUUAGAGAUACGAAAAGUUUGGGUUAUGACUACGCAGAGACAUCGAACCCCGACCCAGCAGUAAGGAGGAAAGAUGUAAUUACGGCAGUUAAUACACUCUACGGCCCUGGCGCUAGCAACCCUAGGAAAAGGAGUCUCAACGCCAUCAGUAUCUCAGAAUCUGGAAAAUACCGUGAAUGGGUCGCAAACAUACAAAUGUACAAACAUGGACUCAGUGUUCCAUACGCUGUAUUCAUAUUCCUAGGGCCCUCUAAUCCUGACCCAAAUGCUUGGUCUUCUGAUCCCAAUCUCGCAGGAUUACACACAACUUUCGUCCGUAGUAUCCCCGAUAGUGAAGACUUCGUACCCCAAAACUCACCAAUUGUCACUGCCGCAAUUCCACUCACGCAGGCUCUGAUUGAUCACAUCGGGCGGGGCGAUCUAGAGAGCUUGAGUGUUGAGGAUGUCACACCGUGGCUAGAAGAGAAUUUACAUUAUCGUGUAUCACUGCUCAACGGCACCGAAGUCAGCGGGGACAGUGUACCCGGGCUUAAAGUUUUUGUUGCUAGCGCAGAAAUGAAACUACCAACCGAAGAAGUUGAAAUGCCUGUAUGGGGCGAGAUGAAGGAACAUAUGCAGGUCAUUGAAGCUUGUAGGACAGAAAAGUUAUAA